AUGUACAGACACGCUAGAGCCUUGGCCCAGUUGAUAAAGGACCGUCCCAAGCAGACGAGCUAUUUGUAUCAUAUUAACCUACUACCAUACAAUGAGGCCCGAGAUGUGUCGACAGCAUUCAAGCGUUGUGAGGAUUGGAACCAAUUUCAGUCCAUUCUCACUAAUGAGGGAAUCACUACUUCCUUUAGGAAUUCAUUUGGUCGGUCCAUUGAUGCGGCGUGUGGGCAGCUAUAUGCGACCUAUGAAGCUAAGAAUGCUCUAAAGAGGAAGCCUGCUUAG